AUGGCACCAACAACCGAGUUUUCAAGCAACACUUUUGCGCCCGAGGAGGCUAGCGCACAACAGCAAUCAACAGCACAACCGACUGCAGUAGAGCAACAAGAAAAUAGCAGCCCGAUGGAAGAAAGUGUACAACGGCCUAAAUAUACAUACCCACAACUAAUUACCAUGGCGAUAGACCAGAGUGCCCAAAAAAAAUUGCCAUUAAGUGCAAUAUUGGAAUGGAUUUCUGAAAGUUUUCCAUAUUAUCAGCGGGAUCAAACUUCGUGGCAGAAUCAAGUGCGGCAUGCACUGAGCACAAACCGGAAAUUCGCCAAAGUGAAACGUCCAACGGAGGAUCCAGGACGAGGCAAUUAUUGGACGAUGAGCUCCUCUCUUAACCAUCCCGAACUAAAUGCGUCGCCUGGUGGCUCUGGUUUCAAUAUGUAUCCAAUGGAAACCAUAGCUGUACACAUGCCCAUGAGCUAUCCUGAAGUGUCGAGAGCCGCAUACAUUCAGACUGCAUACGAAAUUCAACGAGCACAACAAAUUCAUUAUUAUCAGCGGCAGUACAUGGCGGCAGCACAGUGGUCAAAUUUAACGCAAUAG